AUGAAGAUCAACAAAGCUGCCGAUCUCUCCUCCAUAUCCGUCUUCCAUCCUCCUCACAUUUAUUCAAGAAGGUCGAACAAUGUGUCGAAUGGAUUGCAAGCGUCGCGGCAUCGAUCACAACCGUCUCAGCAGUCGUUUUCUAGGGAUUAUCUUCUCAGCAAGGAAUUAUGUCUCAUCUCUCUCAAAGCUCGCUCGUUGAAGCUAUCACAGCAAAUGAUCAGAGAGCGCGUUCUCAAGAACAUGAGAACUCUUCAAGGAGGUUUUCUAGUUUGCCUCGACACGUUUUUUCAAAGGACGAUAGUCAACCACACAACUCAAGAUCUUCAUCAAUCCCCUGGUCAAAUGGAACUCUGUAGAUAA